AUGGUCAUGGAUGUUUUCCAGCUCCAACUAAUUUCAGGCAUUAUUGCCUUGUUGGUAGGUGUCUUGCUUUAUCAGUUAAAGAAGACACAUGGUCCUAAUGCAAAGAUCUGCACUGUGCCUCAAGCAGCAGGAGCAUGGCCUAUUGUUGGUCAUUUGCACCACUUUGGGGCUCAUCAACUUACACACAAGACACUUGGGAUGAUGGCUGACAAACAUGGACCAAUUUUCACAAUUAAACUUGGUUCAUACAAAGUUCUCGUGUUGAGUAGUUGGGAGAUGGUAAAAGAGUGUUUCACUGUCCAUGAUAAAGCAUUCUCCACCAGGCCCUCUGUUGCAGCCUCAAAGCUCAUGACCUACAACUCGGCAAUGUUUGGCUUCGCUCCUCAUGGACCCUACUGGCGUGAGAUGAGGAAAUUUACCACUGUUGAGCUUCUCUCUAACCAAAGGCUUGAACUGCUCAAGGAUACAAGAACGUCUGAGUUAGAGGCUUCAACAAGGAAGGUUUACAAGUUAUGGUCAACAGAAGGCUGUCCAAAGGGAGGGGUUUUAGUAGACAUGAAACAGUGGUUUGGGGAUUUGACGCAUAAUAUUAUUCUGAGAAUGGUGGGAGGGAAGCCAUAUUAUGGGGAUAGUACUGAUGAUUGUGCAGAAGGUGAAGCAAGAAGGUAUAAGAAAGCUAUGAGGGACUUCAUGAGUUUGUUUGGGGUGUCUGUGUUAUCCGAUGCUAUUCCAUUUCUGGGGUGGCUAGAUAACAAUGGAUACAAAAAGGCUAUGAAGAGAACAGCUAGUGAAAUAGACACUUUGGUUGGAGGGUGGCUGGAGGAACACAAAAGAAAAAGAGUUUCGAGUACUAAUGGAAAGGAUGAACAAGAUGUCAUGGAUGUCAUGCUGAAUGUUCUGCAGGAUCUUAAGGUUUCCGGUUAUGAUUCUGACACCAUCAUCAAGGCUACUUCCCUGAAUCUGAUUUUGGCAGGAGGGGACAGUAUCAUGGUGGCUCUAACAUGGGCCCUAUCUCUGCUACUAAACAAUAAAAUGGAGCUUAAAAAGGCCCAAGAUGAAUUGGACACUCAUAUUGGGAAGGACAAGAAGGUUGAAGAAUCUGACAUAAAGAAGCUAGUCUACAUCCAAGCCAUUGUAAAGGAAAGUAUGCGGCUGUAUCCACCAAGUCCUAUUAUCACCCUUCGUGCAGCAAUGGAAGAGUGCACAUUUUCAUGCGGCUAUCAUAUUCCUGCUGGCACACGUUUAAUUGUGAAUACUUGGAAGCUCCAUAGAGAUGGUCGUGUUUGGCCUGAUCCUGAUGAUUUCAAGCCUGAAAGGUUCUUGACAAGCCACAAAGAUGUUGAUGUAAAGGGUCAGAACCAUGAGCUCGUCCCUUUUGGUUCCGGAAGAAGAGCAUGCCCUGGGGUCUCACUGGCUCUGCGUGUUGUGCACUUGGUCUUGGCUAGACUCUUACACUCUUUCAAUGUUGCUUCGCCUUCAAAUCAAGGUGUAGACAUGACAGAAAGCAUUGGACUCACAAAUUUAAAAGCAACCCCACUUGAAGUUCUUCUAACUCCACGUUUAGAUACAAAUCUUUACGAGGACUAG